AUGAAAAUACCUUUGUCUCCAGACUCAGCCGUCGUGAUAAUGGAUGACAUAUUUGAACAUCUCCAUCGGAUGAUGAACGAAAUGAUGUUUUCGGGAUUCCUCGAGCCGAGAAGACAUGCUGAGAGUCCACGCGAUGAGAUGCUCCGCGAACCGGAGGAUGACAGUCGUCCUGGUUUACUUGUUCCCGAGCCUUGGAUGCCAUUUCCAUUUUAUGGCGAUCUCGUUAAGCCCGAUAUGAUGGACAGAGAUUUUUUCAACAGGACUCAGCGUCAGCGGAGAAGAUACGAGGAAGACAAAAAGGAUGUGAUAUUGGAUGAUAACGCCCCAGUAGAUGAUAUUUUGUCUCCGUGGGCACCACCAGAAGUUAAAAAGUGGGCCCAGUCAUUCAGCAGACGAACUAUUCUUGGACCAAAUGGGGAACUCACUGAAUCAGAGACUCGCAUCGUGCAUGAGCCUGAUGGUACUCAGGUAAAAACCACGGUGGAACGCUCUCCACAAGGAGAGAGGCGCACAGUCAUCCGUCGCGAUCCUUCGGGCAAGGAGGAAACCGAGGAAACAGAUUUUAAUUAUUCAGUCCCAAAAAUGAUUGCCCCGAACCCGCAAAGCUCCACUUCCCAAACGACCACAAACAAGUCCUCUCCAGGUGUAUUGGAAGCCAUACGCAGAUGGUAUCGAGGAGAAAAAUGACACAUUUUGAACACCUGUGAUGAUUUUACUUGCUUCGCAAUACUGACACCCAUUUUUUCAGAAGUGCGAUCCCAUUCAGUUAUCAUAAAAGUGACAUGACGUUCACAAAAAUCGCUUUCUUUAUUUUACCGCUCAAAUAAUCAGGGUUGAGGAAAAUUAACGUUGAAGUGGAGAGUAGUUUAACAGUUUCUCAAUCAAAUCCACAUGGGACAAAAGCAUACGCCUGCAGCAAUAUCGGCGUAGACCAAGCGUAUCUAGUGCGUCUCCCUCAGAGUAUUCUGCCUGCAAAAGCCCAAUGUAACUUUCCCAUUUGUCUCCGACCACUUUUCCACACGUGAAGCACCGGAUAGGAAUAAUCAUCGCUC